AUGGCCAUCCUCAACACCAUCCAAACCCUCAUCUGCUCCGCCCCCGUCCACCUCGUCUGCUUCUUCGCCCUCCUCGGCACAGAACUUCACCAAUCCCUCAUCACAGCCAAGAAAUACUUCCACGCCCUACGAAGAAACCAGUCACUUACCUCCCACGAACGAGUCUCCCCCGUCCUCCUCCGCACCCAGUCCAUCCUCCUCAUUCUCGUCGCCGUCACCGUGCCCCCUCAUGGCCUCCUCUCACUCAUCGAGCACAAGUCCAGCUGGAUCCCGCUGCUGGUCGGUUCAUACGCCACGGCCCUCAACGUCUUUCUGUUCCAUCCUCGCGCGUCCAGGGCUUUGAGCGAUCUCCAGCUGCAGAGUAUCGCAAACACUUCAGGAAAAGCCAGCGAGACAGAGCCGCUCAACCCAAACGUCGCUGUCUUGGAGAAGAGCUUCCGUAGGAAUCGCGCUGCGACCGUGCACUUGAACAUCGUCACCGUCAUGGCUACGAUUUGGUACGGCUGCGGGUUGGCCAAGUCAUUCACCGCAUGA